AUGAAUGAAGAUGAUAGCCUUGUUGCAAUUCCCGAUGAUCUCUUCAGUGAUGAGUCGGACUUUGUUGGCAAUGCCAAUGUCAAAUCAAGGUAUACCACAUAUGCCGCUGCUUACGACCCCAAGAGACACUGGGACAUAAAUCAAUGGAAUAUCCAAGUGCUAGCAGCGUAUUCAAAAGAAGAUCAAGGAAUUGUGCCGAGGAAACGUGGGAGAGAGCCAGACGAUCAGGGAAUGCUUGUCGCAAGCCCGCCAGCAAAGUUCGCGAAGUUAAACUCCCAAGGGAUACCGAAUACAAUCAACACUCGUCAAACAAGAGAUAUGGCCAUCAAAUAUUCAUCUGGUCGGGAAACCAGCCCUAUGUGCCUUGACACCCCCACCACAUCUCCAGUUGCCAGCCAGGCCGAGCCUAAAAAACAACAGAACUAUUAUGAAGGUAUUCCCACAGCCAAACAACUGUCAGAGACAGUGGCGGCCUUCCUGAAACGUCUUGACCCGGUCACAACACAGCGCACGAACGGGUCUUGGAUCUGGAUCGCCAAUCCCUACCCAGCCCCGUCACCAAGUCACAAUCAGACUGAUACAGGCGAUGUGGCCGCGUUCAAGCAAGCUGGAUUCGACAUUCUCGAUGCUUACCGGCAACGGGUAGAAGAGGUACAAACUUCCAAUUCAAGUAGAGCGGCCGGCGCUAUUACACGCAUGUUACGCCCACAUCGGCUCCAACUUGAACAGGACCUCAUUCGCGUGGCCAAAGAACACCAUGUGUUGCAUGGCAAAUGGAUGCUGUUCCCAGAAACGUCUGAUGUUGGUCGGGUGUGGGCAAUUGUUGCACAUGCGACGUGGGAUGGAAAGUUAGGUGUGUCAGCUAAGGUGGCAAUAGAAGAUGGUGGCAACGCAAGAAAUGAACUCCAGAUGCGGAGACUGAUUUGCAUCUACACACAUGAUUUUAGUGAUCAGGACGAUGUGCGACGGGUGGUGCAGAACAUGAAGACUCUGGGAUUGUUGAGGGACGAAGGCAGCAAUGGGGGGUUUAUGGGCACAAAAACCAUCUACUACAAAUGCGAUGCCUACACGUACCUCGACAUUGACGGUGGGAAUGAAUUCAAGUUGAAGCCGAGCAUGUACAACAGUCGAGAUAUGUUGAAUUGA